AACAUUGAAAAUGAAUAAAAAGAAAAAAACUUGUAUAUGUCCUCCAGAUUUACAGAAAAUAUGUCGUUUGCAUAAAGUAAAAAGGACCCCAAGAACCGACCCCAGUGAUGUGGCGGAGAUCAUUGAGGCUCUUACAUUUGUCGACUUGGUUGCCAACGCAAGAAAAAGGAAACCGUCGAAACCGCCUAAAUUCAAAACCAAACAGUUUAAACCUCCUCAUUAUAAAGAUACGUGUGUUCCAAUGAAACCGUCUAUGCAUACAAGAUUGAAGUAUAUCGGCCAUUGUCCUGUGGAGCCACCUUCUUAUUCUGCCUAUGGAAAACGGUUUGCAGAUUUCGAGUUUGUUUCUACUUCGGAUGAAGAUGAGUCGGCUGGUAUAUUGAAGAAGCGGCGAAGGUCGAAGUAUAGGAAACGCGUUCGAUACUUCGAUCUGAUGCCGGGGGAUAUAUUGCUCCCGUCACCAGUGCCUGUUAUUAAACACACAGCUUCUGAUAAAUCAAUUUUAAGCGUACCUAGUCCGAAAACAAGUGGAGAUGUGAUUCAAGCCCAAAAGGCUACAGUCAAACCAGCAGAAUGGAAGCCACCUUUGCCUCCGAAAGCUGGAUUUGAGUUGUUCAAGCCUCACAGCGGUAUUGUUUUGAACAGAGAUCCAGACUUUGUUCCCGAUGUUGUACAUAUUCCUGGAUCAAAAAUCGAACCUAAACCGAAAAAAAACAAGCCCUGCUACAAGGGAGGAGUCUGUAAAAGAAAAUCUUGCUCCGGAAAGAAAAGACGGUUUGAAUUGUCUUUAAAGAGAAGGAAAGCAAGCAGGAGAAGUAGACAAUAUUCCGAAUCAAUGUAUACAAAUAUUGGUGGCGUUACCGACGGUAAGCCAAGAGCCAGAGGUACACAGAAGUUUCUUACUGAUGAUGAUUCAGUUUGCGGUCUUGAUGAAAUACCGAGGCCUGAACAUGUUCAUAUACCAAUGAACCUAAAACGAGGGACAUUACAAACGCAUUCUCUCACCGUCAUACCUUGCACUAAAGACAGAAAACCCGACAUUCACUACGGUAUUUUGACGGGAUCCUUCAAUAUGUAUGAUAAUAAAUUCGGUCAACGAUCAAGAGGUCGUCAAGCCCUGACCAUGAGUGUUAUGGCGUAUUGUUUAGCGUUUCAUUAUCAUCCUAAGCAGUGGACCAUGAAACUUAUCGACAAUUUGGUAGAUGCUGGUGAUCAAUGGUACAUUCAGUGCUUAGACAAAGUUCAUGAUCACUCGGCAGUCCAAGGAAUUUGUGAAGUAUUACCGUUUGGAAAGAAACAAAUUUUAGUAUUGAAUGGGAAGAGAAUGCAAGUGUUGUUAUGUGAACCAGACAUUGUGGGCUACACGAUGUCGUUAGAUCCUACGGUAUAUAACUUGUGUAGAGGACUGAAGGCUUUCUUCAAGGAAAAUAGAUCUGGGAUUUUGUUGUCCAGGGUCCUCAAAGUUGUUAUUUGGAAAGAUCGAGUCUGUUACUACAUUUUCGACGCAGCAGGAAGAGACUCAAGAGCUUACUCCAAUUUUGCUCACGGACAAGCAGCUCUAAUGAAUGUCAAAGACAUUGAGUCAGUUGCCGAAAUACUUUUAGCACGCAGCGUUUUGGAAGACCAAAAGUUUGUUUUAGCUCCUGUAAAAGUUUUAAAAAUGGCUGAUGAAAAAUGCGAUGAAGAUUUCGAAUCUGACAAAGAGCUCACCCAGGCUGAAAAGGCCAUGAUGGGAUACAGGAUCCUGAAUGAAAACUGUGCUAUCGUCAAUGCGAAUAUGCAUUUAGGAGAUCGAUGUUUUGAAGAUGCUAAGUUCCGACAAGCCUUGCCUAUAGCCAUUGUAGCGAUGACAUACGCCAAAAUAUCACCACCUAACACUUGGUUUUCAAAGACGCUGGACAAAAUUUUACGUUUGGGAAAUAAACUCUACAUGGACUGUUUACAUCCAAAAGUAAUGAUUGAUAUGACAAUAGAUAACAUUCCCAAUGAAAUAACAGUCGGCCCUUACUCUUGCGAGAUUAUAAUUUAUAGAGAGAGGGUAAAAGGUCAACUGUUUACUACAAAAGAGUGCUUAUUUAAUAUUAAAACUGGUUUGGAGGAGUUCUUUAGUCACGAGUAUAACUGUGGAAUACUGGAGUUUAAUAAUUAUAUGCUAGGAAUAUGGAGGCAAAAAGAUAUGUUCUAUCUAUUUGAUCCUUAUCCACGAACCACUGAUGGACUCAAAUCUAUGAAAGGAGGGAAGGCUUGUUGCAUGAUGCUUUUGAAUCCGGAGACUUUGGCGGCUGCUAUCUCUAAGAAUUGGGACUAUUUACCAUCAACAACACAAUUUUAUGUACACGCUUUCAAAGUGUUAAAACUGAAGAAAAAAGAACCUAAGAUGCAAAUAGUUUGUACACUGAGCGAUGAACAACUACCUGGAGCGAAGAAGCGAAAAAUUUUGCAAAUGAGUCAAGGUCAUGGCGACGGCAUGGAGAUCUUUCACGAUGUGUUUCCAGUGGAGACUGUAGAGAGAGUACAAACUGAUGCACCUGAUGUUGAUGAGGAGCAAAUGGGUGAUAUCAUAUCAUUGGUAGACAGCGUACAAGACGAUUAUUUACCCCCGAUACCUUUGAGAUAUAAAACGCCGGUUGAUGAACCAGAAGAACCUAAGUUUGUGAAUUUGGACUCGCCAACGGUGUCGGUGACGCAAGUGGUUCCUCCUUGGCCGAAGCCUCGUGACAAGACUAAUGAGCCCCCAGAGCCCGACCCUGAUCCGGAGCCCACUCCUCCGCCUACCCCACCACCAAUGCCGCCUCCGGAAGGUGGUGAGGAAGCGGAAGAAGAAGCAGCAGAAGAGGAAGAAGACGAAGAGAAAAGGAAGGAAAUUGAGGAGAGGAAACGAGCGGAGGAAGAGGCGAGGCGGAAAGCUGAAGAGUUACCGCCACCGCUGCCUCCGCCGCCACCGUCCCCGCAACCUGAGCCUGAAGUGCCGCUGGCUCCUAUGCAAGUUGCGGAAGAUGAAGUCCAAACUUUACCGGCUGAGAAUGUCGAUCGGCGUGUACUACUCACACAAGACGCUCAAUACCGCUUCAAGCUAAGACAAAUUCGAAAGAAAAUGACUCCUCCUUUGAUGGAAGACCAGUACGAGUCGGUUACACGAGAGGACGAGCUUGAAAAACCAACUAACUUUAAGGACUUACCAGAUAACUCGCAGAUUGUUAGAGGCACUAGCUCGGUAUCAGAACCCGGAGCUGUUGAAACAAUCGAUUUACUUCCAUUUGGAGCAAUUAUGGCUAUAGUCACCUCCUACAAAUAUUCUAUUAACACUUGGACCCCUGGUAUUGUGAAUUUUGUCGUCGAUACUGCCAAAAGACUGUAUGAAAAUAAACAACAGAAGUUCCAACUGGCUCCCGUGCAUAUUAUACCGAAGAUUGCACUUGGCCAUCAGGCAUAUCAGGCUAACAUAGACGUGGUGGGAGAAGGUCCUAGCUGGCAAAUGGAAGAUAUUUUGACUCGGAAAUUCUUCCAUAAGUAUGAUAGAGGAAUGAUCACAACUGCUGCGUACAGUUGCGCAUUCUUCAAGAGGAACGGACUUUAUUAUCUUUUCGACGGCAGCCCGUGUAAUGCAAUGGGUUUGAGAGACGAAGAGGGUAGUAAAGGAAAAGCUUGUUUCUUACGUUUUAAAACGUUACACGAUCUUGUAAGCAGAGUAAAUUUUAAUAAAGAUGGAAAGUCAGAUGAUCAACAGUUUAUCCUAAGUAGAAUAUUAGUCAGGAGACUUCUAAAGGAACCUCGAUCAAAAUUGCCUGACGAUUAUGACUACGAAACUGGAGAGCCGAAAUCCAAAAAAUCCAAAACUACAGUCAUAGAAGCAGACGUGGACGGAGUCAAACGCUCUUCGGUUGAAGCGAAAGAGGCAAAGAGCCACACUACUGUUGGAUAUCAGCUCGUUGACGGGGUUUACAGAAUCGAAGGAACCACUUCACUGAACUUCAGAAAACCAAGUUCAGACGUAAAGUCAUGUCACUUUGUCAGUCUAAUCGCUAUGUUAAUGGCAGCGAUGCAUCCUAUUCGAACAUGGGAUCACGUCAUGGUAGACACAUGCAUUGAGAAAGGUCUUGAAAUACAUGAGAAAGCAACAAACUUAAGCGUAUGCGAGAAAAGGGUUAUUAAAAAUGUUAUAUUGGACGGUAAAUUUAUAAAUAUAAAUAUCAAGAAAAUAAUUGUUGUCAACGAGAACCCUGAGAAAAGAUUAGAACAAUAUUUGAAAGCAGUGUUAAAAAGGCUUCGUUACGUUAUAAUCAGAUAUCCUCAAUGCAGUAUGGUAAUAUGCCAGACUGAAGGAUAUUACCACCUUUUUGACCCUUACCCGCCACCAAGUGAAGACGUAAAGGAGGAAGUAGUGAAAAAUAAACGUUCUAGGACAGGAAACCCAGUUGCUUCUUGGACAUUGUAUCGAUCUAUGGAGGCGCUCAUACGGCGAAUCAGAAAAGUUCUACCCGGAAGCACAGCGGACAGCCCCGAAUUCUACACUUUUGAGUUGACUUCAGUAAAGACGGCACCUCGGCAUUCUGCUCUGAACUAUAGGCUAAGUCCACUGUUUAAACCCGAUGAAAACCCCAACUUACCAUACUUGAAGCGAAGAAAAUUAAAGCCUAUUGUGGACGAAAAGAUGUACUGGUUAAAUAUACCAGCAGUUCCGUGGUCAAGAAUGAGUGCUAUGAAUGACUUAGGACUUGAACGUAAAACACCAAAAACUAUGUGGAAAGAUUGGGACAUCGAAUUCCCCGGUGAUCUGUUCUCCUUGUGGGGAACUAUACAUCCAAUGGAUAAGAGAUUCGACGAACCAUUACGUGGAAAGCAAUAUCUCGCAACAAAUGUAGUAGCCAUUGCAAUGACCCAGGCAUGUAAUAUUAGCGCCUGGACCAGUGGAUUAAUAGAUGGAAUUGUGGUUGGUGGCAAUGAAUAUCACAAAAAAUGUGCGGCUAAAAUCGGCACUUCACCUAACCACGAGAUUGAACUUGCUGAUUUAGAGCCCAAGUUUGACGAUAUGUAUCCAUUCACAUUCUCAGUUAAAUUUGACAAACUCAUAUUUGGAUUUAUGUACAAUUUAUUACCAGAUCGUUUUAAUUUAAGUAAGGCAUUAUCCUAUUUCUUUGAAAAGAAUACACUUGGAAUACUUAUCAGCCCUACUAAAAACUUGGCUUUUGGAAAGACUGGUGCAUCUUACUUUAUGUUUGAUUGUCAAAGUUAUGGAGCGCCCAUUUUUAGUCCAGGUCAGGGAGCGGCAUACAUAUUGAAAUGCGAGAGCCUCAAUAGACUGAUUUACUGUAUGACAAUAACUUUGAAUAUUCGAAGACAUGGACAACAAUUUCAUUUAUUCACUGUUUCAGUAAAAGUGGAUGAAAAGAGUAAAUAAACUUAAAAGCUGUAUUUCUAUAUUUUUACCUAACAUUCCUUAUUCCGUACAAUCUAUCCAGUCAGCUUGUCCAAGCAUCGGCUUUCCUAAACGCCGGUUUUAAAUAUUUAAGACAAACUUUUUUUAGCUUUAAUCGAAAUAAUAUUUUAAAUAUCACAGGAGUUGAAAGGAGGUCCAAAAAAAGAAACAAUAAACCCGCAACACUACUCUGCUAACAGGCCAGGUUUUUUUUUAUUGAGUGGUUAAUUGUAUCAUUAAAGUAUGCAAAUAAACGCAAUCGGCACAUCGAAUGUUUUUAAGUCGGCUCCUUGUGACUUAGAACAUAACCUAUAAAACCACGUUUUAAAUCUAGUAGCGACAUCUAUUUCGAAGACGAUCAAAUAACAAGAUAAAAUAUUUAUUGAAAA